UCCAGACAUCCAAAAGCGCACAACAAUCGAGACAAAGGUAGCGAAGGGGCGGUGAUUCGGAGAAAAAAGAGAACCGAAAGGCGAGAGAUCGAGGGGGGGUGAUGAUGGGGACUAGGGCUUCGAUUUGGUUCUCUCUGUUCGUUUUUUCCCUUCUUACAUCCUCCAUCUGCAGUGAGGAAAAUGAGUCGAAGGAAUUUGUCUUGACGUUGGAUCGCUCGAACUUUACUGAUACUGUCAGUAAACACAAGUUCAUAGUCGUCGAGUUCUACGCUCCUUGGUGUGGUCAUUGUAAAAGUCUUGCCCCAGAGUAUGAGAAAGCUGCAUCUAUCUUGAGUAGCCAUGACCCUCCAAUUGUUCUAGCUAAAGUUGAUGCCAGUAAUGAAACAAACAGAGAGCUGGCAAAUGAGUUUGAAAUUAAGGGUUUCCCUACAAUCAAAAUUCUAAGAGAUGGAGGCAAAGCUGCUCAAGAAUACAAAGGUCCGCGUGAAGCAGAGGGUAUUGUCACUUAUUUGCAGAAGCAAAGUGGCCCGGCAUCAUUGGAAAUUAAGUCUGUGGAAGAUGCGAGUAACUUUGUUGGUGAAAAGAAGAUUGUUGUUGUUGGGGUGUUCCCAAAGUUCUCUGGGGAGGAGUUUGAUAAUUACACGGCUCUUGCAGAGAAACUGCGUUCUGACUAUGAGUUUGGCCAUACUUUGGAUGCCAAAUAUCUUCCACGUGGUGAAACUUCAGUGACUGGGCCUGUUGUUAGAUUGUUUAAGCCUUUUGAUGAACUAUAUGUCGACUCUAAGGAUUUUGAAGUGGAUGCUUUAGGGAAGUUUGUUGAAGAAUCUAGCAUUCCACUUGUAACCAUCUUUGAUAAUGAUCCAAGCAACCACCCUUUUGUUAUCAAAUUCUUUAAUAAUCCCAAUGCAAAGGCAAUGCUGUUCAUGAACUUCAGUGGUGAAACAGCUGAUUCAUUCAGAUCAAAAUAUGGAGAGGUUGCUGAACAUUACAAGGGAGAAGCCAUUAGCUUCUUGUUGGGAGAUCUUGACAGCAGCCAAGGUGCCUUCCAGUAUUUUGGGCUCAAAGACGAUCAGGUACCUCUCAUACUCAUCCAGACCACUGAUGGAACAAAAUAUUUGAAGCCUAAUUUGGAGGUUGAUGGCAUCGCUUCAUGGUUGAAGGAUUAUAUGGAUGGAAAAGUUCCUCCAUACAGACAAUCUGAACCUAUUCCUGAAGAAAACAAGGAGCCUGUGAAAGUGGUUGUUGGUGACAGCCUUGAGGACAUGGUUCUAAAAUCAGAGAAAAAUGUAUUGCUCGAGUUUUAUGCUCCUUGGUGUGGACACUGCAAAUCAUUGGCUCCCAUCUUGGAUGAAGUUGCCAUUUCUUUUGAGAAUGAUGCUGACGUUGUUAUUGCGAAAUUUGAUGCAACGGCAAAUGAUUAUCCUACUGGGACCUUCAAUGUCGAAGGUUAUCCAACCAUGUACUUCAAAUCAGCAAGUGGAAAGAUAGUGGCCUAUGAAGGGGAUAGGACUAAAGAAGCGAUUAUUGACUUCAUUGAAAAGAACAGGGACAAAGCUGCUGCUCCUCAGCAGGAGCUCGCGAAAGAUGAGCUCUAAAAAUAGCCUAGGUGUACUCUACCCAGAGGAGAGGAUAGAAACCUCUCCGCACACAGAUAGGUAUUUGCUCGAUGGCUGUUAUACACCCGAGAAUGAUAGCAAGAAAGCAAUGCCUGAUGGCCCUUCCAUGGCUGGUUCUCCCAUCCUUUUUAAAUUGUUUUUAGUUAAAAAUAAGCUAUCUAUGAGUAAGUUAAGGAUUUUCAGCUUUUUGUAGCCUGUAGUAGCUUGGAAUAUAGAGUUUAUGUAGCAGCAGUUUAUUUUUUUUGGGGCUGAAGGACAUUUAAACAAGUUUAUAAAAGGUUUCCAUUUUCCAGUUUUUGAUCA